AUGGUAGCAAAUGCCGGUAUCGCACAGGUCAAAGCACUUCUCGAUCUUACGGAACAAGAUCUCAAGCGCAUGUUCGAAGUCAAUGUAUUCGGCGUCUACAACUGCUACUCCACAGCCGCUAAGCAGAUGAUCUCGCAAGGCAACGGCGGCAAGAUCCUAGGCGCAGCGUCAAUCGUGGCAUUCAAGCCCUUCGCACUACUAUCUCACUACAGCGCCUCCAAAUGGGCGGUCCGUGGACUUACUCAAGCUUUCGCCAUGGAAAUGGCUGAACACAAAAUCACCGUGAACGCCUACGCGCCCGGCAUCGUCGGUACAGCCAUGUGGGAUCUCAUUGACGAGAAGCUCGGUGAGAAGACCGGCGCGAAGAAGGGCGACACGAUCAAGAAGUACACUGACGAACUGAUUGCGUUGGGCCGGACUAGUGCACCAGAGGACGUGAGCAGUACGGUGAGCUUCCUAUGCAGUAAGGACAGCGACUACAUGACGGGCCAGACUAUCGUCAUUGACGGCGGUAUCAUCUUCACUUAA